AUGUCUUCUUACGCUGACUCCUGGGUUCAGUUUGAAGAGUCUCUGGGUGGCGUUCGCCCGGUCUUAAAGGGCUCCGCGGAAGAAAUGAGAGAUCAAUUCAGCGGACUCGGCUCUCUCCUUGCAUCUCAGUCUCCUCCUUUUCCAGAGAAUAAGUUGAAGGUCAGUGAUGGAGAAGUAGGUGGGGUUGCAUAUCGGACGUACACGCCUCAUGGCUCUGAAACCAAGGAAUUUCCCAUCGGUGUUUUCUAUCACUCUGGAGGUUUUGUUGUAGGGAACCUUGACUCUGAGGAUGGCUUUUGUCGAAAUAUCGCACUGAAGGCCAACGUGGUUAUUUUGAACGUUGGUUAUCGAUUAUCUCCAGAACACAAGGCUCCAACACAUUUAGAGGAUGCUGUGACUCUUUACGAAUGGGCUUUCAACAACACAGAGAUCAUUGGCGGCAAUUACUCUAAUAUGUUUACCAUCGGCACAUCUGCUGGUGGUGGACUUGCCCUUGCAGUUGCCCGAAAGGUGGCCCUUGGCCAGACAAAUCUUCCUACGGAUUCUAUCAAGGGUGUUGUUGCACUUUGCCCAGUUGCAUUCCACCCACGAAACAUUCCAACAAAGUUCCAGACGAAACACUCGUCCUACAAGGAGAACAAAGAUAACGUACCCAUAGUCGAUGAGGAAUCACUUCUGCAGAUGUUUGACAACACUGGUAUCGAUCCUAACGACAAGAACUACUUUCCAAUGCUGGACGAUAGCUGUUUGAAGAUAUUCCCUCGGACAUAUGUCGUAACUUGCGGCAUGGAUACACUACGGGAUGACGGAAAGGUUCUUUACGAUAGCCUCUCCUCGGCUGGCGUGCCUACCAAGACCAACCACUAUGGUAACAUGCCUCAUUGUUUCUGGAUAGUCCCAUCUUUACCCGAGACUGAGGUGUUCUUGCACGAGUUGAUAAGCGGGGUCACCUGGGCCAUCAAGAGUAGUAAUUAG